AAUUGUAAUUUCUCCCUGAAGUUGUAAACUUGUUCCGGAAGCUGCCAUCCUCUUCCUUUCUGUAAACGGUCAAAGGUGAGACAUCGCAAAGUUUUCUCAACAGAAAUCGCGUCGCUUUCAAGUGCCGUUUAAUUCCAUCUUGGGGAGAGUUUACCCGAGGGAGCUGUUCCAGUCACAUCCAACCGACGGCGAAUUAGUCCGAGACUCUGCGAUGGACGGUGUCGGUGGAUACAGAAAGGAAGCCCUGUAUAAACUAUCACCAUCUCGGUGCUGCCUGAGCUGAAUGUGUUCAGCAGCGCAGGGACAUCGAAACUGAAAGGGGUUUGAAUCAGGAAGUGCUGAGGGUGAACAUGGAUUCCAGACAGCAGGUCCAGAGUUUGACCGAGGAGGUAAUCUGUCCCAUUUGUCUGGAUUUCUUCGCCGAUCCGGUUAUGCUGGAAUGUGGACACAACUUCUGCCGCUGCUGUAUCUCCCAGAGUUGGGAAAAGCGGGAAAUAAACCCCUGCCCGGAAUGUAGACAGGAGUUUCCGGACAGAUCCCUCAGAGACAACCGGGCCUUAGCGAAUCUGGCCGAGAAAGCUCGAAAAUUAAAUGUGAAUCCACAAGAGAAGGAAAGUAAACAUCACUGUGAGGAACAUCUGGAAGAACUGAAGCUGUUUUGUGAAACUGACGAAAAUUUAAUCUGUGUGAUUUGUAGAGAUUCCCGGGAACAUAAAUCUCACAACUUCAUCCCGAUUAAAGAAGCUGUCGGAAUCUACAAGGAUCGGGUGAAAUCUUCCUUGGAUUUUCUCGCAGGGAAGAAAUCAGCGGCUCUAGAAAUGGAGCAGCAGCAGAAACAGGAGAUUUCCCAAAUUCAGGAGGAAUCCAGAAAUCUUCAGACCCACAUCACAUCCGAAUUUGCUCAAAUGCACCAGAUGCUGACUGAGAAAGAGCAGAGUUUACUCCGAGAUCUCAGGGAACAAGAGGAAAACAUUCUCAAACCAAUGGAGGAACAUCUUCAUGAAAUUCAAGAGAAUUUAAAUUCUCUUCAGGACAAGCUCUCAAAGUUGGAGAAACAAUUGGAACAAACAGACGGAGUGAUAUUUCUGAAGGAGGAAGUAUCUCAGAAGAGGAGGAUUAGCGAUGAGCUUGGUCAUGUCCUGUCACCAACAGGUGGUGUCCUGUCGACUGAAAAAUCCAACAUCCUUUUACCGUUUCCAGUGUGGACAGAAAUAGUGGAGGCCAUUAAACCGAAUAAAGUCUCUGUGACCCUGGAUGCGGAAACAGCGAAUCCUCAGCUCGUGGUCUCUAAGGGUCUGAAAAGUUUCAGAGUGACCCAGACCCAGAGGAGUCUCCCUGACACCGAGAAGAGGUUUACAAACUUGGCCUGUGUCCUGGGAUCAGAGGAUUUCACAUCAGGGAGACAUUACUGGGAGGUGGAGUUGGGGAAGAUGGGGGACUGGAAUCUGGGAGUAGCCUCAGAGUCUGUGGAGAGGAAGAGAGGGGUCAGUCUGAUCCCGGAGAAUGGAUUCUGGACCAUGGGGCAGGUUGAGGAUCAGUUUUAUAUAAACUCCUCUCCUCAAUCCUCUCUCCCUGUUGCUCUGAUCCCCAGGAAGGUGGGAGUUUAUCUCAGUUAUGAAUCUGGGACAGUUUCAUUUUACAACGCGGACACCAAGUCCCAUCUCCACACCUUCACUGGGAAUAAAUUCACUGGGAAACUUUAUCCUUUCUUCGGGGCCUCAGAUUAUACUUCCCUUGGGAAUUAUCCUGUUUCUUCCUUUUUUGAGCGUUCAUUUUUGCUGAGAAGCAGCUGUUAAAGGGGCGGGGCCUCCCUGACGUCACAAUGACCCCCAGGUUUAGGGUCUGGGUCAGGGAUUGGGGUCAGAAACCUCCCAUUGACAACAGGAUGUUACUGAAUGUGUUGUUGAAUUCUGAGACUAUACUUUGUAACAUCACAACCAAACUGUCAAUAAAUCAGAUACAAAUAUAAAUGUCAGAUGGUGAAAAUUAAAAGUAAAUUAAAUA